AUGGCGGCGGCCGAGUCCGAUCGCGAUGCACCGUCCGCUCUAUGUUCUGAAUUUCUGAAUUUCUCCGCUAAAGACACGGCUUUGGGAUGGCUCCAGGCAACUGACCUCCCCAAGGAGGUGUACCAGCAUCUUGCUGUCUACGUCCCCAAGAUCUACUGCCUUGGCCCCAACAUAAACCCCCAGAGUGAGGAGCUGCUGGCCCAGCUGCUGCUGCUGGCCCCCCUAGAGUGGUACCUGUGUGGAGAAGACCCAGCUGUGGGCCUUGCCCAACUGGAGCACAGCAACCAGCGCUCCCAGCUCUGUGGGCACGUGUUUAAAGUGGGAGAGCCCACCUACUCUUGCAGAGAAUGUGCUGCAGAUCCAACCUGUGUUCUCUGCAUGCAGUGCUUCCUUGGCAGCAUACACAAAGAGCAUCGCUACAGGAUGACUACCUCAGGUGGAGGGGGAUUCUGUGACUGCGGAGACACAGAGGCUUGGAAGAAGGGUCCUUACUGCCAUAAACAUGAACCAAAUAUCACUGAUACCGACUGUUCACAAGAGGAUCCCAUAACCCCGCUUUCAGCUGACCUGGUUGCCCGCGGUUACAACAUCUUCUCUGUCAUGUUGAAGUAUGCUGUGGACAUGUUGACCUGGGACAUGGAGGACCUUCUACCAGAGGGCCUGGAGCCUUUGGACCGUGGAGACACAUAUUACUGCAUGCUGUUUAAUGAUGAAGUGCACACGUAUGAACAGGUGAUCUAUACGCUGCAAAAAGCAGUCAACUGCACACAGAAAGAAGCUGUGAGCUUCGCCACCACCGUGGACCGAGAUGGCAGGAAGUCGGUGCGGUUUGGAGAUUUCCAGUUCUGUGAACAGGCCAAGUCUGUCAUCGUGAGGAAUACCAGUCGUCAGUCCAAGCCCCUCAGGGUUCAGGUCAUGCACUCUUCUGUUGUGGCUCAUCAGUGCUUCGCUCUCAAGGUCCUCACCUGGCUAGGACACAUUAUAGCAUACUCGGAUGGACUGAGGAGGAUCUUGUGUCAGGUGGGACUGCAGAAAGCUCCAGAGGGAGAAAACUCUUCUCUGGUUGACAUCUUAAUGCUCUGUGACUCCAAGAUGUGGAAAGGAGCCCGAAAUGUCUACCACCAGCUGCUGAUGAGCAGCCUUCUCAUGGACCUCAAAUAUAAGAAGAUCUUUGCCAUCCAGUUUGCCAAGAAUUAUGAGCGUUUGCAGAGCGACUUUGUCAGAGAUGACCAUGACAGAGAGUUCUCCAUAACUGACCUGUCAGUGCAAAUGUUCACUGUACCCUCACUGGCCCGUAUGUUGAUCGUGGAGGAAAACCUGAUGACCACCAUCAUCAGAACCUUUGUGGACCACCUGCGUCACAGAGACCUGCAGGGGCGGUUCCAGUUUGAGCGCUACACAGCCCAGCAGGCCUUCAAGUUCCGCCGGGUCCAGAGCCUCAUUGGAGACCUCAAGUAUGUCCUGAUCAGCCGACCCACAGAAUGGAGUGAGCAGCUCAGAGAGAAGUUUCAGGAAGGUGUGGAUGCUUUCUUGGAGCUGUUGAAGUGUAUGCAGGGCAUGGACCCAGUGGUGCGGCAGGUAGGACAACACAUAGAAAUGGAGCCUGAGUGGGAGGCAGCUUUCACCCUGCAGAUGAAACUAACACAUAUCAUCUCCAUGAUACAGGAGUGGUGUUCUACUGAUGAGUGUGUGUUAAUUGAGGCCUAUAAGAGGUGUCUGUUGGCUCUGAGUCAGUGUCACGGGGGCUUCACAGACGGUGAACAGCCAAUCAGCCUCAGCCUGGCAGGACAUUCAGUGGACACCAUUAGAUACCAGGUUUCCCAAGAGAGAGUGUCCAUUCACCUGCCUGUCUCCAGACUCUUAGCUGGUCUGCAUGUUCUGCUCAGUAAAACUGAGUUAGCAUACCGCUGUCCUGAGCUCCUUCCUCUGAGUGAGCUGAGCCCCCCCAUGCUGAUUGAACACCCGCUGCGAUGCCUGGUGCUGUGUGCCCAGGUGCAUGCUGGGAUGUGGAGGAGGAACGGCUUUUCACUCAUCAAUCAGAUCUACUACUACCACAAUGUGAAGUGUAGAGUGGAAAUGUUUGACAAGGAUAUCAUCAUGCUGCAGGCUGGAGCCUCCAUGAUGGAUCCCAACCAUUUCCUGAUGAUUGCUCUUAGUCGGUUUGAGUUGUUUAACAUCUUCAGUGCCGCAGACUGCAGGAAGAGAUACAGAGAUGGAAACAAGGAUGUGGUCCAGCAGAAUAACACGUUGAUUGAGGAGAUGCUUCACCUCAUCAUUAUGGUUGUGGGGGAGCGUUUUGUGGUGGGUGUGGGUCAGGUGGAGCAGUAUGAUGACAUCAGAAGGGAGAUUGUCCAUCAGCUGUGUAUCAGACCAAUGGCCCACAGCGAAUUGGUCAAAGCGCUACCCGAAAAUGAGAACAAGGAGACUGGUAUGGAGAGAGUCAUUGACAGUGUGGCUGUAUUUAAGAAGCCUGGUGUGACAGGCAGAGGUCUAUAUGAGCUCAGACCAGAGUGGACCCAACACUUCAACCUUUAUUUUCACCACUACUCCAGAGCAGACCAGUCUAAGGCUGAAGAAGCCCAGAGGAAGAGGAGGAGACAGAGUGGGGAGGAUUCAGCCCUGCCCCCCCCAAGGCUGCCCCCCCUGUGUCCUCUUUUCGGCAGUCUGGUGAACUUGCUCCAGUGUGACGUCUUACUGGCCAUAGUGGGAGCAGUGCUGCAGUGGGCCACAGAGCCCAGUGGGGGGCACUGGUCUGAGUCCAUGUUGCAGAGGGUGCUUCACAUAGUGGGCAUGGCUCUCUUAGAGGAACAGCAGCAGCUGGAGAACAGCUGUGGAGAAGAAGAUGUCACCUUUAACUUCACGAUCAAGAUAACCCGUCCGGGGGAAGCUCCUAGUAACACAGGAAGUGUAUUGGCCCUGUUGGAAAGCCUUCAGAACGCUCCUCACCUGGAGGUCCAUAAAGACAUGAUUCACUGGAUCCUCAAGAUGGUGACGACCAUAAAAACCAUGAGAGAGCGUAGCCCUGCCACCUCAGCUGUUAGUACCUGUGGAGGACAGGGUCUGGAGGAGGUGGCAGGUGAGCGAGACAAAGCAGAGAAGAAGAGGAAGGCAGAGAUGGCUCGUCUUCGCAGAGAGAAGGUCAUGGCCCAGAUGUCUGAGAUGCAGAAACAUUUCAUUAAUGAGAACAAAGAACUGUUUCAACAGAGCCUGGAGGAGCUGGAGGCUUCCACUUCAUCUGGACCAGACCACAGUCCAGUGUGUGUGGAGGUACCAGCAGCAGUGGUGUGUGUUGGUCCAUGGCAGUCAGUGCGUGCAGACAGGCGUCAGUUGGUGACCUGCAUCCUUUGCCAGGAGGAGCAGGAGGUCAAAGGUCAGGGCAGAGCCAUGGUGCUGGCAGCCUUCGUUCAGAGGUCCACUGUCCUAUCCAAGAAUCGCCGUAGACCCCCCCCUGACCCAGAGAGCCAUGAUCCUCUGUUCAUGAAUCCUGACCUCGCCUUUGGUACUCACACCGCUAGCUGUGGUCAUAUCAUGCAUUCCACCUGCUGGCAAAGGUACUUUGAGGCAGUCCAGGCUAAGGAGCAGCGUCGCCAGCAGAGGGUCAGAGUUCAUACGAGCUAUGAUGUGGAGAACGGAGAGUUUCUCUGUCCUCUCUGUCAGUGUCUGAGCAACACAGUCAUCCCUCUACUGCCACGCGCACAAACCCACUCACCAAGUGCUGACCAGCCCAGUCUUGAACAGUGGCUGAAAACCACCGGCCAGCAAGUAGCAGCCCUGCACUCCACCCACAGGAAACAGCUGUCUGAUGGUGGAGAGGCAGAGGAAGAGAUGGAGAGAGAGGAGAGUUCUCCACCCAAGGGCUUCAGAGUGGACCACAUCCCCAUGAACCCUUUUUCCAGCAGUAUCAGAGAGAUGCUGACCACCUUUGGGACAGCCACAUAUAAAAUCGGCCUAAAGGUGAACCCCAAUGACCAGGACUCAAGAGUGCCCAUCAUGUCCUGGGCCAGCUGUGCCUACACCAUUCAGUCUAUAGAGAGGCUGCUGGUGGAUGAAGAGAAACCCUUGUUUGGAAGUUUACCAUGCAGACAGGAUGAUUGUCUAAGUUCUCUGACCAGGUUUGCCUCUGCCUGCUGGACUGCAGCUCCACUGACUACAGUCCAGACUCACUGUAUGAGACUAUUGUCAGCUGUGCUUCCAGACCCCCAGGUACAGAAUGCUCCUUGUAUCCUGGACAUUGACAUGUUUCACCUACUGGUUUCCAGUGUGUUGUCCUACAGUUCAAUAAACUGUCUGGACCAAUCGGGGCAGAAUGUGCUCGACUCCGCUCACCUCCACCUCCUCCACCUCAUCACUGUGGCACACAUGGUUCAGAUCCUCCUCACCUGCACACCAGUGGAGGUGAGUAUGGAUCAAGAGAGUGGAACAGCAGAGAGAGAAGAGGAGGAAAUGAUCUGUCAGCUAUACAACCACCUGAGAACACACCUGGACAGCCUGCUGCCUCCUUUGUCAUCUGGUUGGCACGUGUGGCGUUGUGUGAAGGCCGGCAUCCUGCCCUUCCUCAGAGCCUCUGCCCUCUUCUUCCACCACCUCAACACAACAUCAGCCCCCCUAGAGCUACACGUUGUUGGUCCUGGUCAGUGGGAGGCGCUGUGCAGCUACCUCAGUUUACCCUCCAAUCUGCUGCAGCUCUACCACAGCCAGCUCUCACUGCUGGAGCCAUUGAUACAGAGGUGGUGCUGUCACCCAGCUGUCAGAGAGGCUCUGCAGGGAGGGAGUGUUCUCAUAAGGUUCCCCAGAGAGUCCAACAGACUUAUAGACCUGCCUGAAGACUACAGCUCUCUCAUCAACCAAGCAUCCAGCUUCACGUGUCCCAGGUCAGGGGUGGAUAAGUCUCGUGCUCCCACACUGUGCCUGGUGUGCGGUGCCAUGCUGUGCUCCCAGAGCUACUGCUGUCAGACUGAGCUGGAGGGCGAGGACGUCGGCGCCUGCACCGCUCACACCUUCAGCUGUGGUGCCGGCCUGGGACUCUUCCUCAGGGUAAGAGAGAGCCAGGUGUUGUUCCUGGCAGGUAAAACCAAGGGCUGCUUCUAUCCCCCUCCUUACCUGGAUGACUAUGGAGAGACUGACCAGGGACUGAGGAGAGGUAACCCGCUCCAUCUGUGUCGGGAGCGCUAUGGUAAGAUUCAGAGGCUCUGGCGCCAGCACAGCAUCACAGAGGAGAUUGGCCACGCCCAAGAAGCCAACCAGUCCCUGGUGGGCAUUGAAUGGCAGCACCUCUGAUUUUGUUCUGCCCACCAGUGACCUGAUUGGGACAGAAGUUUCCCUCAGGGCUGUCCAUGGACCCUCUGCUCCGCCCCCUGACCAAUAGGCUCCCCCCUCAGCGCUGAUCACACAGUUGAUGAUUCUUCAGGGAAAGAUGCUCUGUGUUUCUGAAGGUCUGAUUUCCCAACUUUCCUCCCACCAAGCAGUCUCCACCAGCUUACACCGGCUUUUCCUGCUGGCCGGCUGCUUUGCUGCUUCACCCAGAAACGAAACAGUUUGGGAAACGUGUCGGCGUUCAUUUUCUGUUCAGCCCUCUUCUCUUUGAUUUGAUUUCUCUUUGGCAGUACUUGACAGACAGCCUCCUCUCCUCCUCUCUGCAGAUGAGUGCAUGCACAGUUUUUUCCAUUUGUCCUUGGGAAGGAAUGUCUUCUUUGUCCUUUCUGUCUAAUUUAAUCUUAAAAUCUAUCUAGAUAUAUAUUCUCUUAUAGCCAACAUGGACAGACCUUGGCUAACAACUUCUGUUAAGAAACGUUGUUUAGUUUCAGAUCUCCGAGUAAAUAUUUCUGAGUGAUAAGAUUCGAAUGAAUGGUGUGUGAGUGUGUGUGUGUGUGUGUGUGUGUGUGUGUGUGUGUGUGUGUGUGUGUGUGUGUGUGUGUGUGUGUGUGUGUGUGUGUGUGUGUGUGUGUGUGUGUGUGUGUGUGUGUGUUGGUGCGUGCGUUUGUAUGUGUUCUGGUUUUGUGUUUGCUGUUUGUUGAGAAGUACAAGGUGUGACAGUCCUGAUCGGGUCUCUCCGUCCUGUUAGUCCACAACCCCAGAGCCUUACACCUUAAUAACAUGCUUUACACCCACCCAAAUAUACCACAUUACACCAUAUCAUCUUAUUGCAAAUGUCACCUUCAUCAAAACACCACACUGACAUCACACUACAAAACAGUCAUGCUUUCUCAGAGCUGUGUUUGGGCUGCAGAUGCGCUCUCUCUCUCUCUCUCUCUCUCUCUCUCUCUCUCUCUCUCUCUCUCUCUCUCUCUGUCUCUCUCUCUCUCUCUCUCUCUCUCUCUCUCUCUCUCUCUCUCUCUCUCUCUCAAAAAAAAGAACACUUAACACUCCCAACCUCCUCAGAGGAGCAGUGAUGGUAAGGUGGUUGGAUGGAGAGCCAUAUAGCUUCUUUUAUAUCAGAGAUGGACGUUUGAUCAUUUUUGCUUCUGCUUCUUUUUUUUCCUUUUUUUUUCUUCUUUUUUUUUUUUAUAAAUUUGUUGUUUGUGUGCUGAAAUCUUCUCAUGUGAGCCUAGCUCGUAAAGGACUGUUUUCCUUUUCCAUUGUGGAGCCAAGAGAGAUUCACUGUUUGGUUGAGAAUUAAGACUCUGAGCCGACCAGCAAACUUCUCUUGAUAGAUACACACACACACACACACACACACACACACACACACACACACACACACACACACACACACACACACACACACACACACUCAAUCAACCCUGCAGGCAGGAGUGGAGGGCCAGUAGAUGCCAGGGGAACCUGACAGCAUACUUUUCCUCUCUCUCUCUCUCGCUCUCCAAAUACAGGGUCGCCUGCCACCUUUACUAUCACCGCUGUCUGUACCACAUCACAUCUGACUUGUUAAUAUGUGAAAUCUUGUAUAAAUAAGAACAUUGUAUGAUAUUGUAAAACAGCAAAAUGAAUAAAAACAAGAAAAGUGUUUUUUAGUCUUUCACCUGUCUUGUGUCUACAGGCAGUGAAGAUCGCAUUCUAAAGAUUGUCUGACAGACUACCGAUGUUUUCAGGUUAUAAUUGACUCGCUCCCUAUUAGAGAAGAGGAAAUUGUUAGUGACAUUAGGGGCUGCAGUGAUUGGUUGGAAUAGAGACCCGCUGGUUCCUAAAAAGCGGCAACCUCCGGGGCUGAAAAAUUAAGCCAAAAAUUGCAGUUCCUCGAAUCGCCAC